AUGGCGACAGUGAGAGAAGCCGAACAGAUUAUUAAGGAGAUAACUGGAGAGUAUGGAUACUUGGACGAAGAGAUGAUGGACGAUAUCGGACGAUACAACGAGAAUUAUCGUCGCCGAAUUGACGAAAACUGGCUCAGAAUGGAGAACGCGGCGUCGCAUUCUAUCAAAGUCUUAGCAAAAAACAUCUACGGAAGUGGCGCAAAAUUUGUCUUUGAGCUUCUUCAGAAUGCCGAGGAUAACCAAUUCGAGAAGGCCCAGAAGCAAAAAGCUCCCCCUUUCAUCUCGUUCAAGAUUCACCCGAAUCACAUCGUGGUUGACUGUAACGAGGAUGGAUUUACCAGACCGGAUCUGAAAGCUAUCUGCUCCGUAGGUGAAAGUAGCAAGACGGCCACGCACGGAUACAUCGGUGCCAAAGGAAUCGGGUUCAAAUCCGUCUUCAUCGCCGCAUGGAGAGUGCACAUUCAGUCUGGAAACUUCUCCUUCGACUUCAGACACAGGAGGUCUGACCCAGGUCUCGGGAUGGUGCGACCUAUCUGGGUUCCCGAUACUAAGCCCAUACCCAGCCCUCUAACUCGCACUACACUCUACCUUCAUGACCAAGGCGACGAAGAAGAACUGGAGCAUCUGAGGACGAUCAUAUCCAUGCAGUUUGACGAUCUGCAAGAGACAUGUCUUCUGUUCCUUCGCAAGCUUCGGGAGAUCAGUGUCGCCUUUUAUGAUGAGGAGGGGAAACUCCAGCGAUCGAAGCAAUUCCGCAAACACGAUAUCGACAGCCAUCGGGUUUCUCUCGAUACCACCACUAUCAUUGAUGGUGAAGAAACUGUCCAGCGUCAGAUGUAUCACAUAACAAAGGGACUAGGCAUAGGUAUUGCCUUGAGCGACAACAGGGACCCGCCAGAAAACGAACAGGCCCGAAGGGACUCAAGUACCGCUGAAGUCGUCUUGGCCUUUCCCUUGACUAGUGACUACAAGCCUCGCUAUUCCAACCAGAGACAGGAACUGUUCGCAUUCCUACCUCUCCGUUCAUCUGAGUACAAAUUCCACAUACACUCAGACUUUGACACGAACGCCAAUCGACAAGACAUCAUCACUACAUCGAGGCGAAACCUAAACAUCCGUGAUUUUAUAGCGGACGUAUUUUACAAAGCGGUCCUUCAGUUUUGUGAACAUCCGACGCUCUGCUACCACUGGCCGCUUUUUCUUCCGCCCAUACACAGCAGGUCUGACUCGUUCUGGUCUGGCUUGGAUGCAAAGAUCAAAGCCUUGAUGAGAGAACAGCCUGUUGCGAAAGCAAGAAAAUGGAGUGCCUUACGACACCUCCACGAUGUUGUCAUGCUUACUCCAGACGCAAGAGGCGAAGAUGGAGAGCCACUGUUGGAUAACCAUAUCAAAUACCCAUUUCUCUCGGAAAAGUAUAGUUCCGAUGCAGUAAAUGCUUUGAAAGCAUAUGGCCUCAAGAACCUGAACGCUGAAAUGUUUGUUGAUCUUUUACAAAUGGAUCUCAAAAGCAGCCAGUGUAAAUUCAAGGGACAGCACAUGACCGAGAAAUGGCACAGUAGUGUUGCACGCCUCCUUUUGAAAAUCCUAGAAGCCAAAUCCCCUAGCAGCCCAAGAAUAAUGUGGCUUGACAUCUUACCACUGAUGGAUAACACAUGGGCAUCUAUACGGAGUGCCCCAGUCUACUUCCCCACAACAGGAGACAUCGAUGUUCCGGAGGGCUUGGACCUGAGGAUUUUGAGUCCUUCUGCCAUGCGAAACCCGGACCGCAAGGCAUUGUACGAGAAGCUUGGAGCUACCGAAGCUACACCAUCACAGGUUAGAGGGUGGAUAUUCGCAUUCUUUGAGAAAGCGCAGAGUAUCAGUACGAACAACAUCCUACAACUACUUCGUUAUCUUUACCUAACGCACAAGACGACUGUACACGUAUUUGGAGAUUACAAGAAAGUUUGGCUUGCCACUACAAGUACUGGUCUCAACCCACACUCUAACGUGAUAUAUUUACCAGGCAUCGAUCAUCCCUACAGUCCUGGAAGUCUUCUACCCGCUCAUGGCACUGCUCCGGGAUUUAAUGCGGUCUAUUUGCAAGAAGUAAUCCUGGAAGGGGCUCCAGACCUCCCAGAUGCUUCAAACCCAAUCCAAAUAUCUUGGAAGAAAUGGAUGGUUGACUACAUCGGUGUCCAUGACAGGGUUAGUCUAAUUUCUCCCACAGGAGAUGGCCUGUCCGGUCCUUUCCUGUAUGUCAUGAACCAUCGACCAGACAAGUUUCUGGGCCUCUUUGAGCAUCUUUGGCUUUUUGAAGGAACCCGCGCUCUCAGAAUUCCAGGUCUUGUGUCCAAAAUCCGGGGUUUCCCUGCCAAGCAGCUUUGCAAAGUGGCUUUCUCACUCAAGUUGGAAGACACCUGGCUACCAUCCCCUCAUCUCAAAAUCUCUGUCGAGAGGUACAUGGAACAUCCCGAGCAAUUUCCUUUCCUCAAAUUUGAGAGCAGCGAUGAGGAUCAGUGGUCUAGUAUGAAGUGGGGCUUCUUAGCGAAACACUUUUGCGUUGGCCAAGACGAAGAUAUGGAGUUUUUGCUUGAAUUGCUCACAUGUAUCAAACGCUCGUGUCCUUUUCCGUCAUCCGUUCGCCAGGCGCAAAGAGUGUUCGAAUUGUAUAUCGCCAUCUAUGCAAAGCUUGCAACAUCCAGCGACCAAACGAAGCUAAGAACAAGAAUCAGGGGAUACUUCAAAGAGUCUGGUAUUCUCGUCCCUUACGAAAGAAAUCCAAUGUGGACGGCAACCCCCCGUUGUGUCUGGGCUGCACCACCUGGCAUGAUGACGGCACAUUCCCUCAAGAGUCUAUAUAUGAGACAAGGUCUGAGUGACGAAGACAUGAGCAGUAUUGAGAACCUCUUCUACAGGACGCUAGGGAUACAAGACGCCACAAUUGAUAAUUUGGUAGUCGAACUGGGCAGACUGCGUGAAAAUGGCUGCGAAGAGGAUGAUCGUAUUUUGGACCUUUACAAGUAUAUGGAUGCCAAAUUCUCUGUCAUUGCGUCCGGCACCAGGGUUACAUUCGAAUCGUCUCCUCUCAUCUUCUCCAGACAGUCAGGCAAACCAGGUUGGUACAGGAUCUCCGACUGCUUGUGGUCCAGCAUAACCAAAAUUCGGGGCAAAGUAACCCUUGAUGAAUCUUACGAAGAACUUAAACGCUUCUUCGUUGGAAGACUUGGUGUUAAAUCGCCCACAAUGCAGAUGGUGUACAACGAGCUCAAAGAGUCGCCCCAAAGCAGUAUCAAGGACAUCAAGGUGGCCAUCUUCACCUUGAAUGGCUUUCUUCAAAGUGAGGAUGGCGAGCAGGGCCACUGGGAUCCUAAGCCAAUAGAGCAGGCAAAGGUUUUCCCUGUAAGAUACCCGAACGGAAGUGUCACACUCAGCUCUGCCGCCGUGGACUUUGCCAUUGCUGACCGGGAUAAUCUGCGGUCCAAAUUCGAAGAUAAAAUCGCGAUAUUAGACUUCAAUCUGGAAGAUGUCCACCAACUGAAGCCGUUUUUUACCUGGCUGAAGAUUGAGACUCGCUAUACAUCCAGGUGUGUGCGAGAAAUAACAUCCAUCUCGGGAGACUUAGGAUCCCCAAUAACUUCACGCAAACGAGAUCUGAGACGGAAAGCCUACCAUAUUGCUCGAGUGGCAGCGACAUUCAGAAGCCCCCGGUUUCAAAACGAUGGACUACAUUUGUACAAACAGCUCAGGAAUAUGGCCGUCAAGGAGGUUGACGAGAUUACUUCCACCUUGCAGAUCAAUCAGAGCGGCCACUCCCAUACAGCCACGUUGUCGACUGCAAGAGAGCAUAUUGACGACUCAGCAGAAAAUGCUGUUAUAAUAUUUGUUCCUCGAGAUCCAAUGGCACAGGAAAUAUGCUUUGGUUCCGUCUUGCCCCGGAAAUUUGCUUCUUGGCUCAUGAGACAUCCGAUCAGUGGGAACGUUGAUGCCGAUCUAGUAACGGCACUAACAUCAGUAUUUGCUAGUGAUAGAUGCGGAGUCGACGAGAUUUUGGACGACCAAGGUAUUAUACAGGUGGGAUUUGAGGAUGACGAGGAUGAAGAGGAUGAAGAAGAUGAUGAUGAGGAGAAUGGCGGCUACGAACAAGAGGAACCCACAGCGGAUCAAACUCAAGAGACUGACGAUGUGCCCUCGGAGCUGAAUCUUACUCCCACCCACUCCCUCCAAACCGGUCGUUCAUCACCACAUACUGCUUCACUUGCCUUUGAUCCUCAAGCAAGUCUUGUAGAAACCACAGUUGAGACAUUCGCCCAGCUGAACAACACGUCUCACCAAAGUCGGCCAAGCCCCGUGCUUCAUUCACCGCAACGAGACAGUCCCCCGAGGCCGCAAGCCCAUGCCAGCCUGUCCUCGGGACACACAUUUUCUGCAGCACAGGCGGCUGAAGACGCACGAUAUCUGUCGAUCCUUGAGAACGUCAUCCAGGCAGCUCGAAGGGCGAACUUCCCAUCUGGAGGGGCCUUCGAUCUACACGACUUGCGAGACGCCCUGCCUGGUGGGUACUCGGACGCAUACGAAGGCUUUGACGGGUUGGAUGUGUUGAACAGGUUUCGUUCGACCAGUCAGCAAGAGCGUGACAAGAAGAUUGGGGCCGCCGGAGAAUUAUACGUGUUUGAGCUCCUGUCCAAGCUUGAGUUACCAGGUUGGAAUAGAGGAAAUUGGCAGAGCACGAUUAGAAUGUAUGCGGCUAUACAUCCAGAAUACUCGAGCAUUACCCACUGGAGCCGUCGAGAGACUGCAGACCUGGUCUAUACUGAUUCUGAGGGCCAGCUAACCAACACUCUGGUUGAAGCUGGUAUCCUCCCUGGCGACGAAUGGACGGAAAAGCAACCAAAGUAUUACAUCGAGGUAAAGACAACAAGUGGACCCUGCAAGACACCCUUCUACAUGAGUGGUAAUCAGUACCGACUUAUGGAACGCAUCCACUACAAUCCAGACCGUACGGAGGUUUACAUGGUCUUCCGUGUCUACUUUCUACUUGACAGCUCUCGAAUCAAUUACUGCGUGUAUCUCGAUCCUGAGAUGUUAAAGGACGAUGGACAGCUCCUGUUCACUGCGACAACAUGGUCGGUUACUCCUGGGGCUGAUGAGUAA